AUGUCCUUACAGCAACAGAAGGGGUUUCCUUUUUACGGCUAUAUGCUGGAUAUAUUGAGCGGCAAGACCGGAACUUGUGGGGGAGGCUCGGAGGGGGAGAAUAACUGGACGUUGUGUGAUCUGAAGAAUGCGACCUCAAACCCAGUAAUCCAAGCUCUGGGAGAAGGAUCUAGGUUAAAACAACAAGGCGAGCCAGGGAUAGAUGGAGUCAUGAAGCAUACAGCAUCAAUUUGUAUAGGGUUAGCCAUAUGGGCUGCCAAUCUGAGUAAAACCGAGGGAAGAGGAAAUAUAUUCCAGGAGGGGGCCUGUAAACCCAAUGACACGGGGAAGAGGAUUACCGGAGGAACAUACCAAGCGAGCAAGUGUCCCGAGCGGGGAAGGAGUGAGGAGUGGGAGAAAUAUGCGCGAGGGAGCCCAAUGGAUUGGAGCAAUGAAAAUGCAAAGACCUUGAGAGUGUGUCGUGACAUAAUAGAGAUGCUAGUCCAAUCUUUUAAGAUGGAUCAUACAAAAGGAAAAGGGGGAGAGACCGUAGAAUUGGAUAAGGAUGGUUGCGACCAAUUUUACACUUUAUUGAGGAAGUGGUCCAGCCAAUCGAUGGCAGAUAGGAUUAUGUCGGAAUGGUUUACAGACGGAGGGUAUAACGUGGGAGGUAGCAAACAGUAUACCUUAGGGGGGAAUGAUUUCUUUGAGGUAGUACAGAGUCUCAUCUAUACGGAAGGAGUGAUAGAUAAGGAUUUCAGUUGUGGACUCAAAACAGAUCUAAGCGGGAAAGCGUCUUCAUUAGAGGGCAAAUGGGGAUAUAAGAGUUUAAGGGAGGCAAAGUCUGAAACACACCCCAUAUCAAACAGGCAGGGGGCAGGGGGGCACCUUCAGGAAGAAUCCUCAAAAGUCUCCACAGGCGAACAAUCAGCGGGACAAUCCCCAGGCUCCCGAAACGGAAGCAGUUCAACAAGAACCGGGGGGAAGGGGACAGAGGCAAUAACUUCAGACUUCAGCCAAGGAAAACAGGGAACUCGAGACCGAAAAGACAAUCGACUGGAAACCACAAGCUAUAUGGGGGGAAGCGGAGCAGGCCUCUGGGGCAGCGUAGCGGGAGGAAUCGGGACAUUAUUAAUGGCGUCGGCAGGUGCUUACGGUAUAUAUAGAAUAUUGGGAACACCAGGAAAAAUCAGGGACAGGAAGGGGACACUACGCUUGAAGCAGUCGGAGACUUUAGACGGUGCAGCGCCAGAGAGGAGAAAUCGUGACAAAUUUGUUUAUGUCAGAGCCUCAACCACCCCGCCUUAG